GUUCAUUUCGUUUGAGCAUUUCUGCCACCGCCAAGCAUUUUAAAUGUAUUUACACGAAUACAUUUUUUGGGUGUGUGAUAUCGUUUUGUGUCAUUGCCACAAGGGGAAAAACCCAAAAGGUGUCAUUUUGCCGAGCGAAGUUUUUAAAAUGCUGCCGUUUUGAAUGAGAUUCCUUCAAAAAGCGUAUUUGCGGUGCUGUUAAAUUUCACGCCGAGGACAUUAAUUCCAAACAUUACGCCAGAAGACGUCGCGAUCAAUCACGCAGAAAAACGGGACUCGUCCGAUCACUUUUGGUGGCUCACGUGUGCAGCCACCCGAGCCCUUGUAUUUUCGUUCUCUGAGCGGCACGCGAACGCGCCGCCGCCACCGCACAUUCGCUGCCCCGUGUGUGGCGGAGGCGGACGCUUGAACGGCGGCCGAAUGGACCAACCGCAGCCGGCCUGGGAGCCCCGGUCCUGCCCAUUCGUUCGACUCCCCCCUUCCUCCCUCCAAGCGGACCGAACAUUCCUCAUCUUCUCUCUCCGGGCUUGACGGCGACGUCACGUGGCCGGACAAAGCGGACUUUACGGCAGAAUCGCUCCGCUCAUGACGCUGGUCGAGGACACGUAAGGUCCAUGUUGGGUCGUGGCGUGAAGCGGAAGCGGAGCCGCGUGCAGGCGUCGGAGGCGGCCGGCGAGGAGACGCAGCGGCACGGCGAUGGCGAGGUCGCCACCGCGGCGGCGACAUCGGGCGGCGCCGGCGACAUGCGUCAGCGCUUGCUGGGCCUGAGCCUGGAGAAGCUGCAUCGCUACCAGGCCGGCGUGGAGCUCAGCCUGUGGCGCUCGGUGCUGCUUAUCAACACGCUGCGGCAGAUCCAGGACGACAUGCGGAACGGCAUGGAGGGCGACGUGAAGGCGGUCCUCGGCGCUCCGGACUCGCCUCUCCUGCACGAGGACCUCACGUGUCCCGGGUGCGCGGAGGGCGGCAGAGAAAGUCCGUCCUCACCGCCGGAAUCCUCCUCGGAGGAAGUCAACAUGGGGGCCUUUAGCGAUGCGGUGAACGCCAUGGGCUACCUCGGCGACUUGGCGAUGGAUGAUAUCUUCGAGGACAUCGAUACGUCCAUGUACGAGACCUCCGAUGUGUCCUCCAGCUGGACGGCGGGCUCUCUGUGGCCCGUCAGCGUGUCCCUCUGGGCGGACAAGGAUGACAAAGCCACCGCCGGGGGUCUCCAGUCUUGUCUGAUGGACCUGAAUGAGCUGGACCACAUUAUGGAGAUCUUGGUCAACUCCUGAUCCACCAAAAGUACAGUGAAGUCCCCGCGUCGUGCGCUGGGCAUCGGCGACUUUGCUGUACUCGUCCGAUGCGCGGCCGAGGGGGACGUGGAGGAAUGACUUCAACCCAAGGAUGCAUCAGGUGCCGUUUUGUGUCCGAUGACGGGCUCGUUUUUCGCAAGUCCAGAAUCCUCAAGACCCUCCGCAGAUGAAACGCCAGCUCCUUUCACGCCGUCCGUGGCAGCCAAUGCACCGACAUCAUCUCCGAUCUGAACAUGAUUGCGGAAAUCCGCAUUGCCGGGUCCGGUGUUCAAGGCGCAGUGAUUUGCCAGAGACCUCAUCUAAGGCGGAUUCCGCAAAGCCCGACCCAACCUCGCCUUGAAAGCAGCCAUCGCCGUCCAACAACUCGAUGAUGAUUGCGGAGGGACGCAGCGCAAGCAUCAAUUCUGUAACGGAGGCGGCAACCAUGGCUACGUGCAAGGCCCACUUAGAUUUCAAGAAAUCGGCACUGUCCAACACUGGUAUCUUCGGAGGCGCUGACGUCAUCUCAAGUCAUCGGGUGCUAUGCGAACAAACGCUGUUACGCUUCCGAGUCAGCAAUCAGGCGGUGGGGACGGCGGGGUCGUGUCGUUUCGGGUCAGGUCAACGUCGAGAGAAGCUGAGCCGUCUCAACUGCGGCCGAGUCUUUGGUAUCGCUGAACGUCGCAAGCAACUUCGCACUUUCGUCCCUCUGCCCAAAGGAGGAGGAAACCCGAGUCGAUCGAGGUGAUGAUUAACGGAGAUGCUUCGCCGGCCUCGGCAGGAGGGCAAGGACCCAACUUUGGAGACCGAUUUCGGACCCUGGCGGCUCCCGGGGACAUAGCGAGCGUAAUCCAAAAUGGAUUCACCCUGGCCAUCCAACAACAAGCCUCUUUGGUUCAUUCUCUUUCCCUCCGGUUUUGUCGAUGCUCGAAAAGCGACCAAGCGCUUCUGCUUUGCGGCUGAUUGUUUCUCGCAAGCGUACCUGGUGAGUCGGAAAGAGAAAAAUCUGCGUGGAGAAGUGACGACCGCCACUUGGGCUUCUCCUCGCGUCCCCCCGAUUGUAUUCUUAUGGCACUUUUUUGUUUUGUUUUUUUUACAGCUGAGGUUUUAUGCAAGCCGUUUUAUACGUGAAAAGCUCCAGCGCAAACCUUUGACUGCGUGUUUUACUCCUGUUCUACCUCCUAACGUUGACGCUCCUUGUGAACCAAUCGUUCAAAAUUUUAGCUGUCCCACGAGGAGGCCAGAUCUCGUCAGUCUCAUUCCAACUCGCGUGCCUUUACCGCUUGUACGCCUCAAGCCGUGUCCACACAUUCAUCUCUUCCCACACCAGAAUCCAUUUGUCAACAUUCAGAUACAUUUCAACCAAAAAAAAUCACCCCCCCCCGACCCCCUUUGACAAUAUCUGCAUUCAUGUGGACAUGGCCUGAAGCUGGCUGAGCGUCACAGACUCAAGCACACAAUCCCGCCCCACCAACACCGCGGCCCUUCUUCUGUGCUCUGGCUACACGUUUCCUGACAGACUGACAAGCAAGUAGCCAAGGGAGGGGCUGUGGCAGGCGGGGCGGUAGGAAGGGGGGAGGGUUGCGGUGGGGUGAGGAAGCACCAUUUGCGUCAUUUGUCCAUUGGGAGGAGCUUCCGCCUUGUUUUGUCCAAGCCUCGAGCAGCUCCGCCAAUCCUGUGAGACGUGCGCUCCGGUGACUUUGUUUUCUGGCUUUUUCAGCCUCUCGCUUCACUGUCGAAAAACAGAGCUUGAGGAGGCUGACCAAUGAAAUAUUGUAUUUAAUUUAAUAGAAAUUGUUAUUUAUGUACGUGAGCGCGUGUGUGUUGAGGGUUAUAUAAGCACAAAAGCCGUGUGUUGUCGAGGGCCAUCUUUAUAUAUAUAUUUCAGUGUAACCGACUGAUGCGUUUGCUGGUAUUAAUUCAUAUUAAUAAUGAUGCAUUUUGGGGCAAUAUUUUAGAGAUUUUAUUCACCAAUACAGAAACUACAAAAAUGACAA